AAGAUAUAUAUAUGGGACGAAGAUGAUGAACAUGUAGGACAUGGAUCGAUGAUUUUGAGUGAUGGUAUAACCCGGAUCAGCUGGUGGCCCAAUGAAGUGAAAGAAAUGACUGCAAACCAAUUUUGGGGACCAGUGGAAGCAGAAACAUCAAAUUCGUACGCACAAGAUGUAAAAUGGGAAGGAAGACCAGCUGAUAUUAUAUACGAAAUUUCUCCCGGAAAGCUUGACGAGGCAGCUAUCAGAACCUGGUGGAAUGAGUUCAAAACAACCAACAACUAUCACAUUAUCUUUAGGAAUUGUUGCAGUGCCGUCUACAAUGCUUUGAAAAUAGGUGGAGCUGAAAAUAUAAUGCCGUUCCCAGGGUCUCUUAUUUCAACACCAGCAAACUUAAAAGAAUAUUCUGAGAAACUACAGAAAGCUACACUAUAACACCC